CACUCCACCAUCAUCCCACCUGCGCACAGAGAUUUCAGUCCACGGCUUCCCUCUAGUCGUGUAGGGCAUUCGGUGAAGCGAUGGCGCCGAGGAAGAAAAGUGCUCAGAUCAAGUCCAGUGGAGCAACGUCUUCCAAGGCCGCGCCUCUGCCCGACUGGGUCAAGAACAAGGGCGCUAAACCACCUCCGCCAGGGACAGCUGCUGCGUCCUCGGCAUCCUCUGCUGCUGACAAGGGCGGUAAGGCAGACAAGAAGGACGGCAAAGGGGACGCUAAUGGAGGCAGUGCCGUAUCCACGGCUGGGCCUUCCUCACAGCCUGUCCGGCCUCCACCUUUAUUUCCUCCUGGGACAAAGACUCCCCUCAAUCUGCUGAAUGAACGAGUGCAGAAGCUUCACAAGGACUGGAAUAGACCCGAGUACCACCCUCAUCCCGUCAGAGCAUCUACAGCCUCGAAUCAGGAGUCGGAGAAAGAGGAGACUUCAGACGGCAACUUCUUUCAGUACGAUAAUGGCAAAGCUGGACAGCACGAGGGCAAUGGAUCUCCUCAGCCCUGGACAUGUUACGUGACGCUGUCCAGACCCAACCCCAAGGACAAGAGUACCAACGACGUAGUAAGGCUAGUGCCCGAUGAGAGAGACUCGAACCAGAGAUUUGCAGCCGGCAUGGUCGAGAGCAAGGAGAUGGCAAGGCAUUAUGGAGCUACCUACGCCCUCUUCAGAUUGUUCUCGCAACUUUCAUUAGCUCUGAUGCUGCCACCUCAAUUUCGAGAUUACUGGUCUUCCCUCGAGGCAUGGAAGAAGUCGCUUCCUCCACACAUUCAGGCAACUCUCUUUGCUCCAGAUCCCUUUCUCGCUCAGGAGCAGGCGCGGGCUGCAAAGAAGGAGCGGGAACAGCAGGCCUUGAAGAAGGCUCAGAUCAAGGCGGACAGUCAGAACAACAGCGGCAUUGAUGAAGACAAGCUGCCGAAGAGAUGGAAAGAGGCAAGGGAAGUCAGGAUGACAAAGAGCAUGAGAGACUGGGUAGAGGAGAUUGUCAAAGCGGGCAGCAUCAGCACCUAUGAUGAUGAAGCUGAUGACCUGGAAGAAGACGGCGGCUCAUCGUCUGCCAGUCCUUUGAACGGUAACUCAAAAGUCACUAUCGAUACAAAGCGCCUCGAGGCCCAGCUCUCGCAGCUUGGCUUCCGCUCGGGUUACAUUUCCUCUGGACUCUCUUGGCUAGCACGCGCUCGAUCAGCUCUUCUCGGCCAGGUCAGAGUCAAAGACCAUCUCGUUGCGUCCAUAAAGCAACAGUCAGAUCACGAAGCCCUGUUGACCUACCUCACGCUCUACGUGCCGGAGGAGGACCUUCCCGAUCGCUUCAAGGCUUCCAAGAAUUCUACCAAUGAAGGCUUCGUGACCUCAACGCAGCGAGGUCAGUCGAAGGAGGAUGCUUUGAAGACUCAGUGGGCUGCUGAGCGUAUAGUCAAGGCGGCAGGCUACCCUCGCAACGCCGUCGAAGCCGCCAUCACUUCUGAGAGCGGAGGGGAUGUGGGAGCUAGAGAGCUCGCAGCUUUGAGGAGCCUUGCUGGGCGUCUAGGUCAAGAAGAGGGGUCUGCUGAUGGUGUCGAAUCGCUACUCUCAGCGCGAAGACUAGAAGCGCGGCGAGAGGAAGUAAUGGUGCUCAAGUCUAUCCUGGGAGACGACCGGCUUUGUCCAGUCCCAGUCGAAGAGAGACCCCUCGGUUGCACCGAUUGCACCGAUGACUGUUUCGAUGUCAUCAUUGCUGGACCAUCUCGUAUGCAGGUGGAAGGAGGUGGGAAGUGGGGCAAGGAAGAAAUCCGACUCAGGGUGGUGUGGAAGAUGGAUCCCUACCCGACUCUCGAAGGUGAAGCCCCUGUGAGACCGACAUUCUACGUCGCCUCUCCCGCCCUAUCCACAAGCUACGAUGCUCCCCGACUCCCUUCCUACUUGCGUCUAGCUCUGACAAGACAUCUUCUCAAGAAAUUGCAGACUGAGACCUGGCUCGAGGACGGGCAGGCCUUGCUGCCCAUGAUCGAAGACUUGGAGGAGAAUUGGCGGGCGAUAGUCAACGGCGACAAAGUCAGAUUCGAAGAGGUCAUGGCGGGCUUCACAACUCGACGACCGAAAGCUGUUGGCACAGACACAAAGGAAGCUACACAAGCCAAUUCUUCUCGGCAGACUUUUGCCCCUGCUCGACCACUGAGGCGAGAUGCGGGCAUCGAUUCAACUCUACUGAACGCGCAGCAAGCUUUCAAAGCUUCACCUGGCGGGCAAAAGCUGCUCUCACAGCGUGCCACUCUGCCUAUCUCGCAUCACUAUGACUCUAUUGUCUCGACGCUCUUGGCUCACCGCCUGACGCUCUUGACAGGAUCAACAGGUAGCGGAAAGACGACGCAGCUGCCGCAAUACAUCCUGGACUCCUCUAUCGAAGCGGGUGUAGGCAGCGAAUGCAAGAUCAUCGUCACGCAGCCACGACGAGUCUCUGCCAUGAGUAUCGCGGAGCGCGUAGCUCAUGAGAGGGGUGAGACCAUUGGCAACAUGGUCGGCUGGGCGGUCCGAGGAGAGAAGAAGGUGGGAAGGGCAAACAGAAUUCUGUUCACCACAACGGGUCUGCUCCUCAGACGUUUGCAGACAGAGCCUGAUCUCGCGUCCAUCUCUCACCUCCUCAUCGAUGAGAUCCACGAGAGGUCUCUCGAUUCCGAUCUUCUUCUACUCGAAAUUGCCUCCUUACUCAAGAUGAAUCCGAAAAUUAAGGUGGUUCUGAUGAGCGCUACUCUGCAGAAAGAGAAGUUCAUCAAGUACUUUGCUGGCAGGAUCGAUGCUGGUGAGCAAGGCAUUGGAAGUGUUGAUGUGGAAGGUCGGAUACAUCCAGUAGACGACUUCUACCUCGAAGAUCUGGUGAAAGAGACUGGCUACCGUCCCUCAGCGGCUUCAUCGUCGUCGUCUUUCGGUAGAGGUGGGAUGGAUCGUGGUGCCGGCCCGCUCAAGGGACUCAGAGAGGAUCUGACGGCUCAUGGCUUUAGCGAAGGCGAGAUCACUGCUCUGGAGGUACUCGAGAGGGAACGACCCGGGCAGGCCGUUGGGCCACUCGACUUUGAGCUCGUGGGUCGAGCUGUCAAGCAUGUCGCUUUGAGAGAGGCGGCAAAGGAGCAGGCCAGCAAUGAUGGACGCGUCGGAGCGAUCCUGGUCUUUAUGACGGGUGUCGGCGAGAUCCGCCAAGCCUGUGAGGCCAUCAGAUCGACACUGCAAGGCAUGCCGAUCGAAGUAUUGCCCCUUCAUUCGAAUCUGUCGAAUGAGGAACAACAGCAGGUGUUCCGUCCGGUGCGAGCUGGCGCGAGGAAAAUCGUGGUCUCUACCAACGUGGCCGAAGCAUCCAUCACUAUCGACGGAGUCACUGCUGUCAUCGACUCUGGUCGAGUCAAAGAGACAAGCUACGACCCAGACACUGGCCUUACGAGGCUGGUGGAGAAGUACACCUCGAGGUCUUCUGCGAUGCAGAGGAGGGGAAGAGCUGGUCGAACAAGACGAGGCGAGUGCUGGAAGCUCUUCACCAGGACUCUCGAGGAGAAGAAGAUGCCUCAGGAUAGUCAACCCGAGAUGACGAGAGUGGCACUCGAAAGUGUGGUUCUGCAUGCCCUUUCGAUGAAGAAGAAAGAUGUGACGACCUAUCUAUCCUCAGCACUGGAUCCCCCAUCGAUGGCCUCAAUCUCUUCGGCAAUCACGAAUCUGCUCGAGGCUGGCGCCGUACGCUCUCUCGCAUCGAGGGAAGAGCUGACUCCAACAGCACUUGGUCGCCAUCUGACCAAUCUGCCAUUGGACCUCAGACUAGGAAAGCUGCUCAUCUUGGGAUGCACAUUCCAAUGUCUCAGCCCCCUCCUGACGAUUGCUGCCCUCAUGUCUUGCAAGCCACUCUUCGCCAUCCCCUAUGAAAAGCGAGACGACCUCAAUGUUAUUCGCGAGCGCAAAGCCGUGGGCAAAUCGGACCUCCUCACUGACGCUGCCAUCUACGAUGAGUGGGCUUCGAUUCGACGCAAGGGAGGUUCAAACGCAGAGAUGCGCAAUUUUGCCGCGGACAACUACCUCAGCUCUUCUUCGCUAAGGGACAUCACCUCCACGCGUAUCGACCUCCUCUCCAACUUGCAGGAAAUCGGCUUCGUCCCACGCAAGGGGUACAACCCCGUGCAAGACCUGUCUUCUCCGCACCCCCUCGACACCCACUCUACCAACCACGCACUGUUGCGCGGACUACUCACCGCCGCCCUCUGGCCGUCGAUGAUCCGUAUCGCGCACCCGGAGGCCAAGUACAACCAAGGCUCAUCGGGUACAAUUGCACGUGAGACCGAGGCUCGCUCUGUGAAGCUCUUUGACGAGGCUGGACGGGUCUUCCUGCAGCCCUCGUCGGUCCUCUUUGGCCGCAAUAAGUUUGAAGCGAGCCAUCUCGCCUGUUUCAAGAAGAGUGCGGGAGCGGGGGAUAAGGUCUACCUGAGGGACGCGACAGAGGCGCCCAUCUAUGCGCUCUUGCUCUUCUGUGGGAGAAUCAAGAUCCACCAUCUCAGGGGAGGUAUUUCCCUCGCUUCCUCUGCCGGAGGUGCCGCUGCAAAGCAGGUACUGACUACCACUGGAGGUGCUGCUGGUGCUGCUGGUGCUGGUGGCAGCGCGGCCAACUCUGGUAAGAGCAGCAGAGUCGCUACUCCCGUCAAUGGCGCUGCCGUCGGUUUCGGUGGUCAAGAGCCUCGCAGCGAAGUCUACACAGACGACGAAGGCGAGGGUUUUGUGCGUCUGCGCGCUCCUGCGCGUAUUGGUGUAUUGAGCUCUCAACUUCGUCGAUUACUCGAUGCGCAUCUCGACCGGGCUUUCGAUCGCGAUUCUUCAGAGCUAGAAGGUGAAGGAGGCGCGAAUGGGAGUAGAGAGGAAGAGGAGCAGAGGUCGUUGCAGAUUCUAGAGGUGAUGCGGGCGCUGCUUGAGAGGGAUGGAAUGGGGACUGCGCCGGUCUAGCGAUCCCGGCAGUAAAGCCCUUUGCUACUCAACUUUACCCUACCCUAGACGAAUACAAUCCAGUACACACAUCAAUGUAGCCUACAUCAAAGAGAAUUAGAUUUGUGCAAUAGAGAUACAUGUCCUUCCUCUCUUUCUUCCUUUCUUUGCCUUCCUUCUAAAUCUACUUGAACUG